UUUUAUUACUUUCAGUAUUUUCUUUUGCUUUCAGUAAUUCUUUAAUUACUAAUUAUUAUUUCUAAUGACUUAAAACAGGCGUUCGCCUGGUUUUCAGACCUAUUGGUAGAGCACUGCGAAAUAUUUUUCUCGUUAUUUGCCGUCGAUAUGGACACAAUUCUGGUCGAACAGCCGCCCGACACGUGGGAGAGUUUCCCAUUAUUCCAAGUUUUCAAUAAUUACCUCCGAUUAGACGAAAAUCUAUGCGGCGGUAGAUUUCAUACUCAAUUACGCGACACAUUUGCUCCACAAGUGGUCAGAUAUGUUGAUUUGAUGGAGUCUUCUGUCGCUCAAUCUCUCCAUAAAAGUUAUGAAAAGGAGAAAUGGGAAUCAAAGGGGCCGAGCGGUUGCGCCGCUUCUGAGGACCUGUUCUGGAAGUUGGAUGCGUUACAGACAUUCAUCCACGACCUGUAUUGGCCCGACGAUGUGUUUGCCAAGCAUUUGGAACAAAGGCUCAAAUUAAUGGCCUGUGAUAUGAUGGNAAAACAGUUAUAA